AUGGUGUUAACCAGGGCGUGUAGAUGGGUGCUGUCGGAUGCAUUUGUUACUGCCGCGUCGCGAAGAUGCUCGAAUGUCGUUCCACUUGGUCCGGCUCCCACCCCUUUCUUGCAUCGGCUGAGCAGCUUCACAAAUUCCGCGUAUGGGAUGUCCAGGUUUGGCGGUUCGGUGGGAGACGGCCAGAUAGCAUUAAAGCCCAUUGCCCUGCAGACUCGAACGCGUUCUCCACACCCCCUGCUACCCCGUCUCCUGCCUGCCGUCCCGCUCCUCGUCCUCUCCUCCCUCGCGAUGGUGAUUGCUGGCGAGCCGUGGCCAUCGCCAAAGCACGUUGCCGCCGUGUCAGCGGUGAGCAGAAGAUCCCCACCUGCGUCUGCCCCGGGGGUUGCUGCGCUAAAGCCGCGAGUCCCACCAGCCCCGAAGCCAGCGCCCUCUGCCGCUGGUGCCUCUCCGCCUCCGGACCCACGCCCCAUGGCGAGCGUGGCUCCAGUGUCGCAUCUGCCUGUUCCGUCUGCCCCUAUUGUGGAGCCGGGCCCUCUGCCUCUCGUCGAGGCUCCUGCACCUGCUAUUCCUGCUGUCCCGUCAGCUGUCCCUGCGAACCUUGGCGCACCGCCUGCUGUUGCAGAUCCUGCUGCUGCUCCACCUGUCCUAGGGGUUCGUGUCUUAAUACCCGCCGUUGUUGACUCUGUAGCGCCUGCCGCGGCUGUUGCUGCGUCACCGAUGGCGGUGUCCGCCACCACUGGCGGCCAGGCCCCGGUUGUGGCAGCGCCUGUUGUUGCGCCAGUGGGGCAGCUGCGGGGCCCUCCGUCACCUGGCCGUCGCUCACCGCGCCCCCAUUCUCCUGCGCCCCGCGAGGAGCGUGAGUCGUCGCGCCGUCGCCGCGACUCUCCCCGCCGUAACCACCCGCAGGCAAACUGGCAUCGCGGCAGUCGUGGCGGGUCGGGGGGAGGUCACGGUUACGGCGGUGGCCCGGCGUAUGUUCAGCCGGUAUCGCUGGCGGAUGUGCAGCAUGUCGUCUCGGCGGCGAUACGCAAGGAGAGGGCCGCGCAGCGUCUUCCUCCGGCUCCUGCAGCUCCACCUCUUGCCGCCCUUCCCGUGGCGGCGGCUACUUCUCUCUCGGCAGUUGCUCCGCCUCCUCUUGCCUCAGCUGCAUUUGCUGCCGUUCCUGGGGGUCGCUUGAAUCUGCCGUGGGUUCCUGCUGAGGCACCCCCUCCUCAGGCAGUUGCUCCGCCCCCCCCUGCUCCUGUUGCAUCUGCUCCUGCUCCGGCAAGUCGCGUGGAGCAGCCGUGGGUUCCUUCCGCUGGUGACGCGCUGUCGUUCCAGGCGCUGGCAGGACCUCCUCGCAUGGCUGAAGUCCCCGAGGAGUCUCUCGGGCAGCUGUGGCGCCUCGCUGAGGGCUUGCGGGCCGUGCACCUGAUCUAG